AUGUAUGGAAAAGCAACAACCUCGAGUCAUAGUAUAAGUCUUAGAGGAUCUGGAUAUACUGCUUGCAAUUUGAUAAGAGUUUCAAUGCUACUCCAUUCCUAUAGGCUAUAUCGUGAUGUAGUGAUACAGCAGGAAUCUUUAUCAAUUUAUUCCAACAGGAUUGCUGUGAGUGUGGUCGAUAAUGUACUUCUUAUUCACCAAGUUAAUACAAAGGUUGUUAUAGUUUAUGAUCUCUUUGUAGAUUCUCGAGCACCAAUAUCUGCACCACUUCCUUUAUUGUUAAGGGGUUUCCCAAGGUCCAGUUCUACAUCUCAAUUUAGUGGUAGAGAAAGUGAGAGUUCAGAUGUUAAUAUUGUGAGUAGCCAUGAAGCAGUUACAUAUAUCGAUACAUGGAAUUUCCUAGUCCCUGAUCUCGUGUGCGAUAUGGCCAAUAAGCUAUUAUGGAAAUUCAAUUUAGACUUAAAAGCAAUUUCUGCCAGUAACUCAAAUGUCCCAUCAGUAUUAGACUUCCUGCAGCGGCGAAAGUUGGAAGCUAACAAGGCUAAACAAUUGUGCUUGGGUAUAAUGCAGACACUUACUAUAGAGCACAGACUUGUGCGUGUGGUUGUCAAGGCUAUAAAUGUACUAGUUACCUCGUACUUCCAUUCAAUUAAAACUUGUAGCUUAUUGAAUGGGAUGAAACCAGAGAUGACAUUAAACUAUGGUGCACAAAAUGCUGAUGCUGAUGUAUCUGCUAUAAAAAGUGAUGUAGUUGGGAAAUCGAUCGUACUUGAAUCUACCACUAGAGUUGACGGUGGAACUUUGGAUUCUGAGGAUGAAUCACAGUUUACAAAUCUUAAACACAGUUCAAAGGAGGCCCUUGUUGGGGGUAGUGUAAACAAUUUGAACUCCCCUCGUAAUGAAGGUCAUCGUUCUUAUGCUAUGCAAUCAUCUUUAUUGUCUGCCCAAGAGGAUUCCCAACUUACUGCAGCAGCAAUUUCACCUGAUGAGAUGUAA